GCCUUCCUUUGCGCCGCACGUGAAAAAAGAAAGAAGUUGACAUUUCUCAAUGUUAUGAGAGACAGAACAUCCGAUUUAAGAAGUUGAUGGUUUUUUUUUAGGAACUAAUAUGUCUUUCAGAAUCACCAUGUCUUCUACCUGUGCACAGCUGUGUCUGCGACGCAUAGGUGUCCUUUGCUCAAAGACUAGCACUCGACUGCAUUACGUUCAAUCUCAGCACCGUAUUAUCAGGACAGCCAGCUCAGCAUUAGUCAACAGAGGAUCUUUUACUAAUGGGAGUCUCACAGCAACUCAGACAAGACAGAGGUUUAAACAACAAAUGUGCUACCUCAAUGACGACUCUACAGCUAAAUAUCUGACAACAGAAGCUAAGGAGCAUAAAUAUGAAGGUUUAGCAAAAACUGACAGUUCUGAAUACAGUCCUGCCCUGCUGCCGACAACAAAUACUUUGCCAGUGCCUGAAAAUGAGAUUUGUUUAGAUCUAGAUUGUGAAGUUUCAUUUUCAGCUUUGGAGGAGAUCAGUGAUGAGGAGGCUGUUAGUAUUUUGGUGCCCUCCAUUCCACCAGAUUCAUUCACUCUUCGAGACUACGUUGACAAGUCAGAGACUUUGACAAAGCUCGUACAGCUAGGGGUCAGCUUGUGGAAGCUGGAACAACGGCCCUAUGUUGGCACCAUGCUGCUCAAAAUGGACUUCAGCAGAGAUGUUGAGCCUCGGCUGAUGUUUCUCAAACAGAUCGGGGUGGAGGACUCGUGCUUAAGCCACAUUAUCACCCACAACCCUUUCAUUCUCAACAUGGAUUUGGAAGACCUUCAGACCAGGGUAAAUUACCUUAGGUCUAAAAAGUUUGAUGCAGAGACGGUUGCAGCGAUGGUGUCCAAAGCUCCCUACCUGCUCAACUUCAGUGUGAUGAGGCUGGACAACAGGCUGGGUUUUUAUCAGCGUCAACUCAAACUCAGUCCUACUAAAACAAGAAACAUCGUAUCUCGUCUUCCCAGAUUGCUGUGCGGCAGCUUGGAGCCUGUUAAAGAAAACUUGAAGGUGUGUAGAUUAGAGCUUGGAUUCCGAGAAGACGAGAUCAAGGACAUAGUUAUUGCUGUUCCUAAAGUGCUGACGGCCAAUAAAAAAAAACUGACGCAAAUCUUUGACUACGUUCACAACACCAUGAAGGUUCCCCACCUCCUGAUAAUAAAGUUCCCACAGGUGUUCAACACGAAGUUCUUGCGUAUCAAAGAGCGCCACCUGUUCCUGGAGUAUCUUGGAAAAGCUCAGUAUGACCCGACCCAGCCCAGCUACAUUGCUCUGGACCGCUUGGUGUCGCUGCCAGAUGAGACCUUUUGCACAGAUUUGGCGCUGGCCACGCUGGAAGAUUUUAAUUUGUUUCAGAAGACACUUUGAUUCUUCACGAUGAGUCGGGCAGUAAAGAAUAAAGGACUGAAUGCCUGGUCCAGUCGUGUGAACGUCAAAGUCAGAACGUAAAGUGCAUCAAUGAACUUGUUCUUGUAAAAAUGUUAAAGAUAAAGUCGAAACAUCAACAUUAAACAACCUCCUUGAAGGUGUUUGAUCA